AUUCCAUGCCCAUCAACGAUUCACAACUUCCACAAUCCGGCUCACAGUGACAGCGAUGUCUUCUUCAUCCAUCGAUCUCGGAAAGUCCAUCCUAGCUAAACUUCAACAAAUACAGCCCCCCAAAAAACCAAACCCAAAAACUAACGCGGGGUCCAAACGUGCUCCUCCCGGCGCCGGACCGUCUAGUUCUUCUUCGCUCACCAAGAAUCGAUCGUCAUCCGAUCUUGGUCGCUCUAAUACUCAGAAAACAUCGCCUCGCUCAUCGGAUGUUCAGAAACCAGACAAAUCACCCUCGUCAAGGAAGAAUAAAAAGCAACAGAAAAGGCCUUCUUCAGAGGUCAAACGAGACGAAACUCAAGCGAAACGGCCGAUGACCAAGCUGGCCUCUCCACCUCCAGAUGAUACCUCGAAGGAUCAUCAAAAAUCGAAAUCGAAAUCGAAACACGAAUCCGUUGAUGAUCAGGAAGAAGAUAAUGGAGAAGAAGACUCGGAGCAGGACGACAGUGAUGAUCAUGAGAUCUUGCUCGCUGAGAUCAAGAAUCUGGGCGGGACCGAAGACGACCUGGAUUUGUUUGAGGGCGCGCCAUGGAAGGAGGCCGUGAUACAAGAGGAGGUUGUUGUCGACGACGCCCAACUAGUCAACGACGUCAAAAGUUUUAUGAAGGGACUAGACUUUGAAGCUGCCUUGAAGACCCUCAAUGAUCGUGAAAGCUCUCCUCAUCAUCCUACACCAAGCUCAUCAGUCGACGACUCAAAAACCAAGACUAAGGAUAAAAACACAACGCACCCUUCUGCUUCUUCUUCUUCUUCUUCGGGCGUCCUUAAACGAAAGUCUAGUACUACUACUACUACAAAUCAAUCAUCUGUUGAACCUCCUAGUAAUAUCAAUCAGAAAAAGAAGAAAAAGAGGAAUAACUAGUCGAACGUGAUCACAUGUUCCUACUAUCUGAUUUCCAAACCGGCCACCAACUUACUUCAUUCCGAUUCUCUAUAUAUUUCAAUCACUCCAAUUGUAUAAUAUGUUUUGGCAAGAAACAAUUAUCUCAACAGACAAAGACUUACAAAGUUUCUCUGGACAUCAAUGUCUAAUAUAUACCAGACUAGAGAUUCAAACGCGAUUGAGAAUCAUGCCUUGCUUGUUGGUGUAUGCAUGUGUUUUUGAUCAGGGCAUGAGAACAAGCCCACGAUGCAUUUCGGGCUUCUUUUUUGUGCUGGAUGUCGGGAUUGUGACUAGCUAUAAAUUGAGCCACAGUGCAUA